AUGAAUUCAAUUCAGCGGCCGAAACAGGCAGAACACAGCCCAACCCAGUUCAACUCACUGUCCAAACUCCAAAACCCCAAUUCUUCAAUAAGCAAGAGUAUCAAAAUCUCACACAACCCAGCCACCUCCUCAUUCGCGUUCAUCCACAUUCACCGAUUCCAAUCUCUCUCUCUCUCAAUUCAGCUUCCUUCGUCAACUCUCUCUCUCUAUUUCUCACCGGAAAAAAUGGCCGCCGUCCUCGGAGGAGUCCACGAAUCCCAAGGCAGCCAGAACAGCCUCGAGACCGACGAGCUCGCUCGCUUCGCCGUCCAAGAGCACAACAAGAAGGAGAAUGCUCUGCUUGAGUUUGUGAGGGUUGUGAAGACCAAGGAACAAGUGGUUUCGGGGACUGUGUACUAUUUGACUAUUGAGGCGACCGAUGGGGGCCAGAAGAAGCUCUUUGAGGCCAAGGUCUGGGUUAAGCCGUGGCUCAACUUCAAGGAAGUCCAGGAAUUCAAACCCGUUGCUGACGUCUAGUUUGCUUUUCAGGCAAUAGAUGGUCUUGCAAAGUUUAAGAUGCUUCUAGAGGUCAGGGGAGCAAAGAAGUGUAAGUGCAUACGAAUAAUGAAGGUACCUUCAAUCUCAGUCAGAUGGAGCCUCUCAACUUUCUGAAUAUAUGGGUUUGUAGUAUAUCAAUCUUCUAUGAAUUGGGUGUAAAUAUGCUAUGUUGCUGUUAGUAUUUCUUAUCUCUGUUGAUACAAACACUAGUUACUAAGGUGUUGUUGUGUACUUUCGUUUCCUAAUCAUAUCAAUGAUCAUUCCUAUUUCUAUGUCUUUCGGCCUAUUUAUUGAUGUAAG